AUGAAAACUCUGAAGAAAAAGAUUGAGCACAUUGAAGCUGAAAAGAAACUUAUUGAGGAAAAGCUUGACGAGUGUGAAAUUGAAAAAGAAGAUAUUGAAGCUGAAACAGAAGAUUUUGAGGAGAGGCUCGAGCAAAGCCUUGCCAAAUGGGCUGAUCUUAAGAAAGAGCUUGAGCAAAGUGAGGCUCUAAAUGCAGAUCUCGCGAAAAAGAUUGUCCAAGGUGAAGAUAAAAUAAGUGAAGCUGAAAAGGAAGAAUAUUUUAAGUAUGAGCUUGCACAUAAUAUAGCUGAAAAACAAGACAUCAGGCAAGAACUUGAGUGUAGUGAAGAUGUAAAUAAAGGUCUUCAGAGAACGCUUGAGGUGAGUAAUGUUGAAAAGAAGAAACUUAAGGAAAAGCUUGAAAAGACUAAAGCUGAAGGACAAGAGCUUAAGGAACUUGUUGUAGAGAUAAAAGCUAAAAAAGUGGAGCUUGAGAGGGAGUUUGAGCAGAAUGUAGAUCAAAAGAAAUCGCUUCUCCAAUUAAUUGAUGCGAGGAAUAAUCAUAUCAUAAAGGAUAAGAAGGUUGCUUUCGAGCAAAACAAAGUUGAUAUCUUGCUAGCAGAAUUAACAAAAGAACGACAGGCCACUGUUCCAAAUGAGCAACUCCCCAAAUGCUCGAGUAAGGAGAAAGAAAGAGAAGCAACUGAUUUAGAAAGAUUUAAGGACUUGCCGGCACGUUUAAUUGCAGCCCAAGCCUUGGAAGGCCUUUGUGCUAAAUUGAGACUAGUUCUAGCUCUCAAGCGUCACAGUCUAGGUUUGUAG